AUGCCUCGUGUCGCGCAGGCACCGCGUGCAAACAGCACAAGAAGCAACAGCAGGUCGGCGUCGGGGUCGCUCUCGCAGUCGCCUUUCAAGAACUCGCCGGUGAAGAUCCCUCUCAACGAUGAUGCGCAGGAAAAGGCCGCGCGCCUGCAGUCGCGACAGGCGCUGCACGAAGCUCAGAUCAACCAGCUCAAGGCAGCCGCCACACCAACUACCCGCAAAGUGAGCAACAUACGCCUCGACGACCUCGAAAAUGCAUCGCCCAGCUCCAGUGGCAGCCCGCGCACACCGUUGGGCGACCGGACCCCGCGUGGUCGCAAGCGCCAGAGCCUGGGCGCCGGUGGUAUCAACAGCCGAGACGCCGUUGCCGCUGCGGCCGCUGCAUCGGGCAACCGGGCCAUUCUCGGUGGCCGUGCUGGCGACGACGACGACGAAGACGACGACCGCGUGGUGGUCGGUGGUGCGGUGGUGACGCCUAUGAAGCGGGUACCGAUCCUCGCCAACUUUGAAGAGUGGAUGAAGAUGGCCACAGACAACAAGAUCAACGCGACCAACUCAUGGAACUUUGCGCUCAUCGACUACUUCCACGACAUGUCCCUCCUCAAAGAGGGCGACGGCGUCAACUUCCAAAAGGCCAGCUGCACGCUCGACGGGUGCGUCAAGAUCUACACGAGCCGUGUUGACAGUGUGGCAACCGAGACGGGAAAGCUGCUCAGUGGCCUAGCGGACAGCCGCGAGAGCAAAAAGAAGGGCGGCGCUGGUGCAGGCGACGGCGAGGAGAGCGAAGACGAAGACGAGUUGGACGAAGACGGCAAUCCCAAGAAGAAGCCCAAGAAGAAGCAGCGGUCUGAGGCUACGCUCGCCCCCUCGUUUGCGUCGCUGCAGCUCAAGAAGCUCGAGCUUGAGUUUGCUGUUGACCCACUCUUCAAGAAAGCCUCCGCGGACUUCGACGAGGGCGGCGCCAAGGGCCUCCUCCUCAACCACCUCAUGAUCGACGGCCAGGGCCGUAUUGUGUUUGAUAGCAGCGAUGACGCUAACGAUAUCGCCAAGACACGCAAGAAAGACGGCAAGAAAGGCAAGAAGCAGAGUGAGGAGGGUGAGGAGGAGGAGGGCGAAGAGGCGGACGACGACGACAUUGACGACGACAACUUGGAGGCCGAGCCCGACUCGUUUAUCGAGGAGGAUGUCGACGACCAGGACGUUCCGAUUGAUGUCGCCUCCCUGGGACAUCGCUUCUUCCCUGAGCUGCACCGCCUGGAAGAGCUCGAUGUUUGCCCAUCGCUCAAGACGUUCGACCUCGGCAACCCAUCCGGCUCCCUGGACAUUCCCUUCUUGCGUGGCCCCGAGAACAAUGGCGAGGACAACGCGGACGGCGACAAAUCGGCAAUGUUUAUUGACGAGGACAACCCGCUUGGCUUUGACGACACGGAUGCUCUCGGCGGCUUCGACCUGGGCGGCGAUGUAAAUUUCGGCGAAGGUGGUGAGGCCUGGGCGCGCGAGGCCCGGUUAGAACCGCAAAUGCGUGUUUACAAUGCAGAUGGUGAUGUCGGCGACGAUCUGCUGUUGCUUGGUGGACCGGGUGGCAAUGGUGGCGAGACGGACGAUUUCACCAUCGCUAUGGCCCACUCCUCGCAGCAGCCCGACAAGCUGCACGACAACAUCCUCAGCUACUUUGACCAAGCACUUCGCAAGAACUGGGUGAGCGCCGAGCAUUGGCGUAUCCGCAAGAUCAAGGACGUCAACAAACCAGCCUCUGCGGCGAAGCCACGCAAGGAGAAGGAGCCGUUUGCGAUUGACUUUGAGGCACCGCUCGACAACGUCAUGGCAGAACUUCUGUACACGCAGGCGUCCAGCAACACGGCCAUCACACUGCCCAAGAAGGACUGGAAGGCCAAGUCGCGCAACCUGCUUCCUGAUGACAAGCACUUCCAUAGCAAGCAGCUGCUGUCGCUCUUCCUCAAGCCCAAGGCCCGACUGAGCCGGCGACGCAUGCAGUUUGGCGGCUUCGGUGCCGGCAGUUUGUUCAGCCAACUGCAGCAACAACAGCAGCCGGACGUGCCCGAAGGCGAGAUGAACGAGGCCUUCUGGGCAUCACAAAAGGACCCGCUGCGACCAACGGUCGAAGACGGCGCAAAUGGCGGGUCCGAUGGCGAGCCACACGGCGACUACGAUGCCAACUUCUUCGCAGACGACGGCCUGCCAUUUGCUGGAGGCGACGAUGACGACGAUAUGGACGGUGAGGAGUUUGCCGACGCCCGCGAACACUUCAGUCCUGUCGAUGGUGCUGGCCUGGGUGGUGGCAUGGACGCGGGCAUGACACAAGGGUUUACCCAAGGGCUCGGGUUCACGCAAGGCUUCACAACGGGCUUCGGUGGUUUGACGGUUACCAACCCGGCUGACCUUGCCUUUGGCACGACGCUGGUGACGUCGAGCCGGCGGGUGCGUCCCGAGUACGUGCAGUAUGCACGUGUGGCCAAGCGCGUGGACGUGCGGAGGCUGAAGGAAGAGCUGUGGAAGGGCAUGUCCUUCGACAAGGGCGUGGCAGCGUCGCGUCUGUUGACACCGCCGCCUGCAGAAGCAGGGACUGCCAGCAUCGAUGAGCAACUGGCUGCGUCCGAGGAAACACCGGCGCAGUCCGAAGAGGACAAGAUGCUCAAGUUCACGGACGUGAUGAAUGGGUUGCAGUCAGUGUACUCCAAGUCGAUGAUGGACGACAUCUCGACGAGUUACUGCUUUAUCAGCCUGUUGCAUCUGGCCAACGAAAAGGGCCUGCUAAUCAACAAGACGGAGUCUCUGACGGAUCUGGACAUCCGCAAGGACUGGACGGCGGAGAUUACAGCGGAGUAG